GACGGACUGACGGGCCCACAGUUCUCCUGGGUCCGGAAGGCGCUGUCUGCCGAGCCUUAUGCAGGAGCGGCUGAAUAAGUUUCAAAGCCGCCAGUUUACAUCCAGACGUUUCCGCUUAGCGCGGCUGCUUAGUUCCAACAUUCUUCAGUGUCCUUGCGGCGAGAAUCACCGACCUGGGAGGUAGAAAGUCUGGGUGCAAGGCCCGACUGCCCCUGCCUAGAGGGGCGACAUUGGAGAAACCGGACUCCAGCUUCCUCUUAUGUAAAAGCUCAGGGAAAAUGUGGCCCAGAGGAAAGAAGUGACAUGCUCAGUCAAGAUAACACUGGUAUAUGACAAAGCAGGUGUCCACCCAAGGUUCUUCUGUUGUCCAGUCAGGAGAAGCAUGAAUCAGAAGCUACUGAAGCUGGAAAACUUGAUACAAUUUCACACUGUUUGUAGGCAGCUGCACAGUCUGGGUCAAAGAAGAAUGUUAGCACAGUGGAGGCAUGGAUUUUCAUCUUACCCAGUGUGGACAACUCAGCUGUAUGCCCGGCCCUGGCAGACAGACAUGCUCAUUGGCACGGGUUUAUCUCAAUGUAGACUUCUAGUCACAAAGAAGGAAAAAAAGUCAUGGAAAUUUCAGUUACCCGCAACAAAAUCUAAAAAGGAGGUAGAAGUAUGGAUUGGAAUAACUGUUGAAGAACUAGCCAGAGCAAUGAAAAAAGACAUAGAUUGUGUAUAUGAAGCUUUAUUAAACACUGCUAUUGACAUAGAUUCACUAGAAGCAGACUCACGUUUAGAUGAAGUCUGGAUCAAAGAAGUGAUAAAGAAGUCAGGGAUGAAGUUGAAAUGGAGCAAGUUAAAACAGGACAAAGUCAAAGAAAAUAAAGAUGCUAUAAGAAGACCCCCAGCAGAUCCAGCGUUAUUAACCCCAAGGUCCCCAGUUGUUACUAUAAUGGGCCAUGUUGACCAUGGGAAAACGACAUUACUUGAUAAACUUCGAAAAACUCAAGUGGCAGCAAUGGAAGCUGGAGGCAUCACUCAGCACAUUGGUGCCUUUCUUGUUUCUCUGCCUUCUGGGGAAAAGAUAACCUUUCUUGAUACUCCAGGACAUGCUGCCUUCUCAGCAAUGAGAGCCAGAGGUGCUCAGGUUACUGACAUUGUCGUGCUGGUUGUGGCUGCAGAUGAUGGGGUGAUGAAACAAACUGUAGAAUCUAUUCAGCAUGCCAAAGAUGCUCAAGUUCCUAUUGUCCUUGCAAUAAACAAAUGUGACAAACCUGAUGCCGACCCUGAAAAAGUGAAAAAGGAGCUUCUGGCUUAUGAUGUGGUGUGUGAAGAUUAUGGAGGUGAUGUUCAAGCAGUGCAUGUCUCUGCACUUAUGGGUGAUAAUCUGAUGGCUUUGGCAGAAGCAACAAUUGCUCUUGCAGAAAUGUUAGAAUUGAAAGCAGAUCCCACUGGUCCUGUGGAAGGAACAGUAAUAGAGUCAUUCACAGACAAAGGAAGAGGUCCUGUUACAACAGCUAUAAUUCAAAGAGGAACUUUGAGAAAAGGCUCAAUUCUGGUUGCUGGAAAGAGUUGGGCAAAAGUACGUGCAAUGUUUGAUGAGCAUGGAAAAACAAUCAGUGAGGCCUAUCCCAGCAUGCCAGUGGGAAUUAUAGGCUGGAGAGACCUUCCUUCUGCAGGAGAUGAAAUUCUUGAAGUAGAAUCUGAGCCAAGGGCACGUGAAGUUAUUGACUGGAGGAAGUUUGAGCAAGAACUGGAGAAAAACAAAGAUGAUCUGAAAAUAAUAGAAGAAAAGCGAAAGGAACAUCAAGAAGCGCAUCAGAAAGCCCGGGAGCAGUAUGGCACUUUGAACUGGAAAGAGAGGUCAUUUAAAAAGUACCUGGAAAGAAAAGAACAAAGACCCUUAAAGGCAAAAAAGAAAGCAGAAGGAGACUCAAAUGUACUCCCUAUAAUUAUUAAAGGUGAUGUUGAUGGUUCUGUUGAGGCCAUUUUGAACAUCAUGGAUACCUAUGAUGCUUCACACGAGUGUGAACUAGAAUUAGUGCAUUUUGGAGUGGGUGACAUCAGUGAAAAUGAUGUUAACUUUGCUGAAACGUUUGAUGGUAUUAUAUAUGGUUUUAAUGUGAAUGCAAGCAAUGUUAUCCAGCAGUCAGCUGCAAGAAAAAGAGUAAAAAUUAAACUUCACAAAAUUAUUUACCGUCUUAUUGAAGAUUUGCAGGAGGAACUGAGCAGUAGAUUGCCCUGCCUUGUGGAAGAACAACCAAUAGGUGAGGCUUCUAUCCUAGCUACCUUCUCUGUAACAGAAGGGAAGAAAAAAAUUCCUGUGGCUGGCUGCAGAGUCCAAAAAGGACAGUUAGAAAGACAAAAAAAAUUUAAAUUAAUCCGUAAUGGACAUGUUAUUUGGAAGGGCUCACUGACCUCAUUGAAACACCAUAAAGACGAUGUUUCAGUCAUCAAAACUGGGAUGGACUGUGGUCUCAGUUUAGAUGAAGAAAAAGUAGAAUUUAAAGUGGGAGAUGAAAUUGUUUGUUAUGAAGAAAAGGAAAUUCUAGCUAAGACUUCUUGGGAUCCAGGAUUUUAAAAUUAAAUCAAUGUCAAUGACUAAAUGUAGUUUGUUUUUUUAAUAUAUAUAUAUAUAUAGUAAAAAUAUAUAUAGUAAAAGUUCAUUGAGAAAGGAAUUUAGGAUGAGUGGGGUCAAGUAGGAAAAAAAAAUUCUUGCUCCAAAAUACAGCUUUAUUAAAGACAAAAAUUCUCCACUGGGUUAAAAAAAGCUUUUAUACCAAGUGUUAAUAUGCCUUUGAACAAACUGUCAGAAGUGCUAUAGAGGGGCUGGAGGAGUGGCUCAAGUGGCAGCCUGAGGGCCUGAGUGCAGACACCAGUACCACCCCCCCUCCACCCCCAGGCCAAAUAAAAAGUGCUACAGAACUAGAAAAAAUUAGGAUACUUCAAACUAGGAAUCAUGGAAUGCAAAGACCAGUAACAUACAGACGGGGAAU